AUGGUCGCCGCCGUACAAAUUCAUACUAAAGUCGCAGAAAAGGCGCAGGCUGAAAUCUUGACUGACGGCGCACUUGCCUUCCUCGCUGCGCUUCACAGGACGUUCGAGGCCACCCGACAGAGCCUCCUCGUCGCCCGUGAGUUCGCACAGCAGCGUUUCGAUUCCGGCAUCCCUCUCGACUUCCCCUCUGAGACCGCACACAUCCGCGCUGAGCCGUCAUGGCACUGCGUACCCCCUGCUCCUGGACUUGAGGAUAGGCGGGUCGAGAUCACUGGCCCUACAGAUCGCAAGAUGGUCAUCAAUGCUCUCAACAGCGGGGCUAAGACAUUCAUGGCUGACUUUGAAGACGCCAGCUCACCAACAUUCAAGGCAAUGAUCGAGGGUCAGGUCAAUCUCAGGGAUGCCAUUCGUCGCCAGAUUGAUUUCGAGUCUAACGGGAAACAAUACAAACUUUCUCCGAAUCCCGCUGUCCUCAUUGUAAGGCCAAGAGGAUGGCACCUUGACGAGCCUCGUAUCACUGUGGACAACGCGCCGGUCUCUGGCUCUCUUUUCGAUUUUGCCCUCUACUUUUACCACAACGCGAAGGAGCUUGUCAAGCGCGGCUUCGGGCCCUAUUUUUACCUCCCCAAGAUGGAACACUACCUCGAAGCGCGCCUUUGGAAUGAUGUUUUCGUCUUCUCACAGUCCUACAUCGGCAUGCCCCACAACACCAUCCGUGGGACUGUCUUAAUUGAGACUCUGCCUGCCGCCUUCCAGAUGGAGGAGAUCCUCUUCGAGUUGCGCAAUCACUCAUCAGGCCUCAACUGCGGAAGAUGGGACUACAUCUUCAGCUUCAUCAAGAAGCGGAGAGCCGACAGGAGCGCCGUGCUCCCCGACAGAAAGGACGUCACCAUGGAGGUGGGAUUCAUGGAUUCCUACGUCCGGUUGCUCAUCCAGACUUGCCACAAACGAAAAGUUGCCGCCAUGGGUGGAAUGUCCGCUCAGAUCCCGAUCAAGGGCGAUGACAAGGCGAAUGAGGUUGCGAUGGAGAAGGUGCGCGCGGACAAGUUGCGCGAAGUCACCAACGGGCAUGACGGGACCUGGAUCGCACACCCGCUCAUCAACAAGAUUGCUCGGGAGGUCUUCGACCAACAUAUGGUUGGGCCAAACCAGUAUCACAUCCGCCGCGAGGAGGUCCGCAUCGCUGCUGCCGAUUUGUUGAACAACAAGGUGCCAGGAAAGAUCACGGCUGCGGGCGUACGCUCAAACGUCGCGACCGCGAUCGCAUACUCGGUCGCGUGGAUUGGCGGGAACGGAUGCAUCCCUCUCAACUGGCUCAUGGAGGAUGCCGCGACGGCGGAGAUUACGCGCGUGCAGCUCUGGCAGUGGGUACAUUACGGCUCGCGACUUGAUACCGGCGAGCCUAUCACCGCAACGUACGUCGACCAGCUCAUUGAGGAGACGGAGCCCGAGGUGCGCAAGGCGGUCCCGGCGCUCAAAGAAGAGAACCUCAAGAUCGUGAAGGAGUAUCUGAAGGCGCAAGUCAGGAAGCAAUGGCCAAGCGAGUUCUUGACAAGUGAUUUAAUGCCAUAUCUGGCGGCGGCGGACGGAGUGCCGGCGAAGUGGCAGAAGAGCUCGCUGUGA